AUGGCCGGUAGAAGCCGCGGCCGUGCUAGAGCAGCAAGGCGUGCACGACCGUCGUCGCCUGCACCGUCGUCGUCUUCCGAGGGGGAGUGGGAGUUCCAGUUCAUCGUCGUCCUCAAUGGCGACCCACUCGACAUCCAGAGGAUGUCGGACAAGUUUGCCGAGUUCCUCGCCGGCAACGAGCUAGCCGCAUUGCAGCUACGGGAGGUUGGCUGCAGCUUCUGCCGGUGGCCGGUGGACGUGCUCUUCGACGGGUCUGGCAGGAUGUACCUCCACACCGGCUGGGAGAAGUUCACGCGCUUCAAAGACCUCCAAGCCGGCUGCGUGCUCAACUUCUGCUACCAAGGCGGCGAGGAGAGAAGCGUGAAGGUGUUCGACGACACGUCCUGCCGCCGGCACUACCACGACGACAACGAAAAGGACGACGAUUGA